GAAUCUCAGUUUCUCGGCGAGGGAAGGGAUUUAUGGAAAUGGGGUUUUGACUCUACUCGCACUCGCAGGCUUUACGCAGAACCCACGAGAUCAAGGAGUGAAGAACACCAGUAUACAUACAUACGCUUGCAACAAAUCGUACGCCGGAUUGAUAGAGAAAGAGAUUGAGAGAGACCUGCUCGGUUGUUAACCAUUUAGCUGUUGCUGCAGAGGUGAAGAGAAGCAAUAGCAUUCCUAGUGAGCUCGACAAAGCCCACUUUUAGCCAAAUUUUGGCUAGUCAAAGCUCUCUCUGUCCGCUCCUCUAGUUCUCUGCAACUCACUCAGCCAACGGUCGUCAGGAGGAGGAAGAUUGAGAUUGGCAUUGGAGGAAGAGAGAUGCUGUACAUAGUGGGUCUGGGACUGGGCAAUGAGAAGGACAUCACUCUCAGAGGUUUAGAAGCAGUGAAGAAAUGCGGAAAGGUCUACAUAGAGGCCUACACUUCUCUCCUCUCUUUUGGUCUCUCUUCUGAUGGCCUUUCCACACUGGAAAAGUUAUAUGGGAAAUCAAUCACACUGGCAGAUAGGGAAAUGGUAGAGGAGAAAGCGGAUGAAAUUCUAUUAGAGGCUCGUGGCUUUGAUGUGGCUUUCCUUGUUGUUGGGGAUCCUUUUGGAGCAACAACACACACUGAUCUUGUUGUUCGAGCAAAGAAGAUGGGGGUUGAAGUCAAGGUGGUACACAAUGCAUCAGUGAUGAAUGCAGUCGGUGCAUGUGGGUUACAACUCUACUGCUAUGGAGAGACAGUUUCAAUACCAUUCUUUACAGAAACAUGGAGGCCUGAUAGCUUUUAUGAGAAGAUUCAAAGAAAUCGCAUGCUCGGAUUACACACGCUCUGCUUGCUAGAUAUACGAGUGAAGGAACCCUCACUGGAGUCUUUAUGCAGAGGAAGAAAGCAGUAUGAACCACCUAAAUACAUGACAAUAAACACUGCUAUUGAGCAGCUCUUGGAGGUGGAGCAAAUGCGUGGAGAAUCUGCAUACAGUGAAGAGACUGAUUGUGUUGGGUUUGCUCGGCUGGGAUCUGAGGAUCAGAUGAUAGUUGUAGGUACGAUGAGGCAACUGCAGACGGUUGAUUUUGGAACACCUCUGCAUUGCCUUGUCAUAGUAGGCAAGACCCAUCCGGUGGAAGAUGAAAUGCUGGACUUUUACAAACUUAAAGGAGAGAGUUUGGAACAGGUGGGUAAUAGGACUGUAUGAUUUUAUUUAUUUAUUUUUCUCAAAGAGGAAAUAAUAUUGAUAUUAUUUCUGUUUGAAACAAAAGUUUGCGUUUCUUGAAAUUAUAUGAAUUCCUGUGGAUUGAGUUAAAUGUUAUUUUUAUUUACCGAGAA